UGUCAUGCAUGUUUGCUGUUACUUUUCAGUGCUACACCGACUCUUCUUCCCAUUCCCAGGACAAGAAGCGGCAGAUCCGGGGUCAAUUGGCAAGUUUCGAGAAAACGAGGUACGGUCCUGACGUCAAUUGUCGCCGGCUGUUCCUGGUCUUGGCAGCACGUUUCGGCGAUUUUCGUCCUUUUUAUCUCCCCAUAGCCCCGACACUCGGGGUGGCGUAGGGCGGCGUCUGGGAGGGAGAAGGAUACACAAGGGCCUGUGACUUCAACUAAGCCACUACUCGUUGGUAUUGCAGUGCUCCAAAGUCAUUGCCUUGAGGGCCGCGGGUCACUUGUUGCGCGACAGACGGGCGUUGCUUGCAUCUCAACCGCAUCGAAGCUGUCCCUUGAUAAUGACUGCGUCACGGCAAAUUGGCCGUCUCGGCCGGACUCUGGGUGCCUCGGUGUUUGCAUUUCGCACAGCUGCACGGCUUACACGGCCACGCAUCUACUCGGCAUGCUCCUCUCAAUGCACAACCCUCCGAUGGACCAGCUCGGCUACCGACACCACCGGGGCCCGCCCCUUUGUCAGGUUACCAGAGCUGUUCCCGACCCACGAGAGCUUUGUCAACCGCCACAUUGGGCCCGACAAGGAGAGCACGCAGCAGAUGCUCAAGGCCCUCUCGCCUCCCGCCGAGUCCCUCGACCAGUUCAUCCAGCAGGUCAUCCCUGCCGAUAUCCUCUCGUCCCGCGAGCUCUUCCCCAGGCCCCGCGACGCCUUCGACUCAGCUGCUACUCGCGCUACCAAGCAAGGCCACCAAGAAUGGGAGGUGCAGGCCAUCGGCCGCGCUGCUGCUGAGAGCAACGAGUCUAGCAGGAAGAACUUCAUCGGCGCAGGCUACUACGGCACCAUCACCCCUGAAGUAAUCAAGCGCAAUGUGCUCGAGAGCCCCGCGUGGUACACCAGCUACACGCCCUACCAACCCGAGAUCAGCCAGGGUCGCCUCGAGUCUCUGCUGAACUUCCAGACCCUAGUUUCGGACCUGACGGCCCUUCCCAUCUCCAACGCCAGUCUUCUCGAUGAAGGCACUGCAGCUGCCGAGGCGAUGACAGUGUCGAUGAACGCUCUCCCGACCUCUCGGGCUAAGCGCCCUGGCCGGACCUACGUCGUCGACAAGAAUGUCCACCCCCAAACCCUGAACGUCCUACGCAGUCGAGCAGAAGGGUUUGGCAUCAAUGUCAAGGUGAUGGAUCUUUCGGGGUCUGACCUUUCCGAGUUGGAACACGUGGGCGACGAUCUUAUUGGUGCCCUGGUUCAGUAUCCGAACACGUACGGCCAAGUGCGUGACUUCAAUGGUCUUGCCGAUGCCGUACACAAGCAAGGCGCCCUGCUUAGCGCCGCCACCGACCUGCUGGCCCUCACAGUCCUCACUCCACCUGGUGAGUGGGGCGCCGACAUUGCGUUUGGCAAUGCUCAGCGAUUUGGUGUACCCUUGGGGUUCGGGGGUCCGCAUGCGGCCUUCUUUGCCAUCGCGGAAAAGCACAAGAGGAAGAUGCCCGGUCGCCUCAUCGGCGUGUCCAAGGACAGACUGGGGGACCGGGCUCUCAGACUCUCGCUCCAGACCAGAGAGCAACACAUCAGGAGAGAGAAGGCCACCAGCAACGUCUGCACUGCUCAGGCGCUGCUCGCCAACAUUAGCGCCUUCUAUGCUGUGUACCACGGCCCUGCCGGUCUGAAGAAGAUUGCCGAGAGAUGUAAUCUCGGGGCGAAAGUUGUCCAGUCUGCUGCCCGCCACUUCGGCCUCGACUCGGGCUCGGAAGCGGUGGCUUUCGACACUGUUGCCAUUUCCUGCCCAGGCAAGGCCCGGGCGAUCAGAGACCUCGCCAGGGACGAAGGGAUCAACAUUCGUGUCGAUGGCCAUGAUAAGGUUGUCAUCAGCAUCGACGAGACCGUUGAGGAGCGCGAUCUUCUAGCCCUGAUUAAAGUAUUCUCUGAAGUUGGCAGUAGUAGCUCGCCAGAAGCUCUUACCGAAUACGCUCCGCUGCUCAAGCAGUUUCUCGAGGACGCUCAGUCGCAUAGCACCCUCGACCAUGUUCCCGAGUCGUUGCGGAGACAGUCGGCAUACCUGACGCACCCGGUUUUCAACACCCACCAUUCCGAGACUGAGCUGCUCCGCUACAUCCACCACCUCCAGUCCAAGGAUUUGUCGCUGGUGCAUUCGAUGAUCCCUCUCGGAUCCUGUACCAUGAAGCUCAACGCCAGCACCGAGAUGGCCCUUAUCACGCUUCCCGGCUUCUCCAACAUUCACCCGGCGGCUCCCGCUGAGGACACCAAGGGCUACCAUAAUAUAAUCAACGCGCUCGAGGAUCAGCUCAAGGAAAUCACCGCCAUGGACGGCGUGUCGCUCCAGCCGAACUCAGGUGCUCAGGGCGAGUUUGCCGGUCUCCGUGCCAUCCGCAAGUACCACGAGAGCAAGGGAGAUUUCAAGCGCGAUAUCUGCCUGAUCCCUGUGUCCGCCCACGGCACUAACCCGGCCUCCGCCGCAAUGGCCGGCAUGCGCGUCGUGACCGUCAAGUGCGACUCCAAGACGGGCAACCUGGACCUGGCGGACCUUGAGGCCAAGUGCGCGCAACACUCGAGCCAGAUCGGCGCCAUGAUGAUUACGUAUCCCAGCACGUUUGGCGUGUUCGAGCCGCACAUUAAGAAGGUGUGCGAGAUUGUGCACGCUCAUGGCGGCCAGGUGUACAUGGACGGCGCCAAUAUGAACGCUCAAAUUGGGCUGUGCUCGCCCGGCGAAAUCGGGGCCGACGUGUGCCAUUUGAACCUACACAAGACUUUCUGCAUCCCGCACGGCGGUGGCGGUCCUGGAGUCGGCCCCAUCUGCGUCAAGCAGCAUCUGGUUGAGCACCUCCCGACCAAGGCCGUGGUCAAUGUCGAAGACUCGAACCACCCAGUUAGCAGCGCGCCCUACGGCAGUGCCAGCAUCCUGCCCAUCAGCUGGGCAUAUAAUGCGAUGAUGGGCGGCGAAGGGCUCCGAAAAGCAACCGUCAUCACCCUCCUCAACGCAAACUACCUCCUCAGCAAGCUCAAGCCACACUACCCGAUUCUGUAUACCAACGAGCACGGCCGGUGCGCGCACGAGUUCAUCCUCGACGUGCGGGCCUUCCACGACACGGCGGGCAUCGAGGCAAUCGACAUUGCCAAGCGGCUGCAGGACUACGGGUUCCACGCGCCCACCAUGAGCUGGCCGGUCGCCAACACGCUGAUGAUCGAGCCGACCGAGUCCGAGUCCCAAGAGGAGUUGGACCGGUUCGUCGAGGCGCUGGUGAGCAUUCGGCAGGAGAUCCGUGAGGUGGAGGAGGGGCGUGCACCCCGCGAAGGGAACGUGCUCAAGAUGGCGCCGCACCCGAUGGCCGACAUUAUCGCCGGCGAUGGCGACGCAGGCGCCAAGUGGGAGCGUCCGUAUACCCGCGAGAAGGCGGCGUAUCCGCUGCCGUGGUUGAGGGAGAAGAAGUUUUGGCCGAGCGUGGCGCGGGUGGAUGACACAUAUGGCGACCUGAACCUGUUCUGCACCUGCCCUCCCGUCUCGGACUCCAACGACAUCUCGUCCGUUCGGGAUGCCUAAGGAAACAAGUAAGGGAAAAAAGCACCUCAGACAUUAAAAGGGGGAAAAUAGCACGCGGCGUCUUUUUGAGAUUUCUUCGGGUUAAAACGUGGGGGAGGAAUUUCUUCAACAAUCACAACUUUCUUCAACACAAGGUUUCAACAAGGUUCAGCAACGCAUAUACCCAGCCAGCAUGCACUGAGGAUUUGGAUCGGAUUUCAACCACGGACGGGGCUUCAGGGGUGGGUGUUCAGGGGUUUCAACCAGGCAGACGACAGGGGCGUGAGCAUAACUCGCUACUUGCUUUUCAACAAUAGAUGUAGGGGCCGGCAGGUAUCUUGGCUGCGGGUUAGCGAGCAGGCACAACGGGACGGAGUUCAACAGUCGGGGGUAUAGGCAGGCAGGUGGUGCUUAGAAGAAUCAUUGGAAUUUGUUUAAUGUUAACGUAUCCAUCCGUCUUCUCAGUGAGUGGCCCAUAUCAGUGCGUGGCCCACCUU